AUGAAGUCAUACUACGAGAUGGUCAAGGACCUGAACAAGGAAUUCACAAUUCCCAAGCUUGAUGAUAUCGAUUCCAACAAUUCCGAUCCCCUUAAAGAAUUCCGAGACCUCGACUUCUUGAAAGAGAUAGAACCAAUCUCUGAGUUUGAGAAAGAAUCUGUAUUUCAACAAAUUGAGGAACAAUUUGACAAAGUUCCUGGUAAAAGUUUAGUAAGAGCGAUCGGUAAAGGUGGAUUUGGAAAGGUAUAUCCUGUCACACAUAUUCAAACAGAAAUGAAAGUUGCGCUAAAAUAUAUCGAGAAAAAUACCCAUAGCGACAUUAAUUCAAUUGAAAGAUUAUGCAAUGAGAUAAAUAUUUUGAAAUAAGGUCCGUCAUCCAAACAUUGUCAAAUUGUAUCAAACUUUUGAAGACCCUGAUAAUCUCAUCCUCUGCACUGAGUAUCUAGACCUGGGUGAUUUAUUUGACUACACUACUCAAAGAGAGAGACUCACUGAGAAAGAAGCGAGGAGGCUAUUCAGACAAAUAAUAUUUGCCUUAAGCUAUCUUCACUCAAUUCGGAUCUGCCAUAGAGAUUUAAAACUUCAAAACGUAUUGAUUGAUCAGAACAAGAAUGCCAAAUUAAUAGACUUCGGGUUUAGCAAGGAAUAUUCUAAAGGAGAGAAAUUAAAUGAGACAUUGGGAACUCCAGCAUUUUCCUCACCAGAGAUAAUCCUCAGGAAGCCGUAUUUCCCUGAAAAAGUAGAUGUAUGGGGAUGUGGUAUAAUUCUCUACUUUCUCCUAACAGGGAAGCAUCCAUUCGCAAAUUUUAACAAAGAAGCUAUGUACAAAUAACAUCCUGAAUGGCAAAAUCAAGCCUCAUCGGUCUAUAAACAACAGAGUGGAGAGACUCCUCAAGGGUAUCUUUAAUGUUGACCAAAACAAAAGAUUCACACUUGAAGACAUCAGAGAGCACGAGUGGUUUGGAGACUACGAAAUCGAAGAUAUCAGAGGAUUUGAGCUAGGCAAAGAGCUCAUUGAAGUCAAUGAGAGUUUGGUGAAAAGAGUCGAAGAGCUUGGCUAUGACUAUACUUAUACUAAAGACUCUGUGGAGAUGUACAUUCAUAAUAACGAAUCAAUGGUUUACUACCUUUUGUAUAAAAAGUAUCUUGAGAGGCAAGCUAAUGAUACUUUGAAUAAGAUGAAGGAAAAGAGAUUGUAUACUAGAGCAGCUAUGUUUGAAGAAAAGAAACGUCCUGAAAGAAUCGAUACUAAAGCAUCUCUUCUUACAGCUCCAAUCCAGUCAAAGUCACCAUCAAAUUUGAGUGAUAGCAUUCAAGAGGAUAGAAGUGGCUUAAAGCCUUGAGAUAUAAACAAAAUUUGGACCUCUAGUCAAAAGCUUAGCUUCAUUAAUAGAGGAGGCAAGUCAAAAUUCUCUCAAUUUAAGGUGAAAAAUUAACACUCAA